GCGGGAGCUGUGUUGUUGUGUCUCACAGAGGAAAUAUUUCAUCCCCCUGCAGCAACAAUGACUUCAAUUGAGGCUUUGAGAGGGUUUAUCAACGAGCGACUAUCUGCUGCUGCUGGAGAAAUAUUCACCGUGUUUGAGCAAACCAUCGUCGAGUACGAGGAGGAGAUUUGUCGCCAGAACAAACUGCUGGAAAUCUUGAAACCGCAAAUCAAGUUACGGAGAACCGAGCUCCCACUGCACCGUGACUGUAGGGAGGAGCAGCGCUCUAAACAGGAAACAAACAGUUUUCUAGAGCAGGAAGAACCAGAACCUUCACAGAUCAAAGAGGAGCAGGAGGAGGAGGAGGAAGAGGAAGAGGAAGGAGGACUGCUACAGUUUGCAGAGGAGCAGGAGGAACCAGAACCUCCACAGAUCAAAGAGGAGGAAGAAGAGGAACCAGAACCUCCACAGACUGAGGGACAGGAGGAAUUUGGUAGCAGCCAUUAUGGAGAAUAUCUUAUGCAGAAGUUUGAAAGUGAUUCCUUCAGGGAACCUUCUGUUGAGGAAGUUCAAAGUUACCUGAGUGAAUCAGUAGAAAAUGAGCAGUUCCUCUUUCAUGACUCUGAAUUCGAUGAUGUGAAUGAAUACGAUGACUCAGAAUCAGCUACAAGUGCAGAGCUGAAAACAGUCAGUAUGUUUCAUAGUGAUCGUGUGGAAAACUUUCCGGUUUCAGAGCAGCAGGCUGGACAAGAAGAGAUGCUUUGUGGUGAAACUGUCCGUAAAAAAUGUAAAUUGAGUCACAACUUAGGAUCUGUCUCUGGUAAUAAGACGGCUAUUUGUGUAUUCUGUGGCAAAAGUUACCCUUCACAGAGUGCUUUGUUGAUGCACACGAGAACUCACACAGGUGAGAAGCCGUAUUCUUGUGAAACGUGUGGCAAAAGUUUCAGUCUGCAGGGCAAUUUGUAUCACCACAUGAGGACUCACACCGGUGAGAAGCCGUAUUCUUGUGAAACUUGUGGGAAACAUUUCAGUGGACAUAGUGCUUUGUUGUACCACAUGAGAACUCACACAGGUGAAAAGCCAUAUUCUUGUGAAACAUGUGGGAAAAGUUUUAGUCAGCAGGGCAAUUUGUAUCACCACAUGAGAACUCACACUGGUGAGAAGCCACAUUCUUGUGAAACCUGUGGGAAAAGGUUCUCUGUACGCACUGAUCUGACACGCCACAUGAGAACUCACACAGGCGAAAAGCUGUAUUCUUGUACAACAUGUUCCAAAAGUUUCAGUCGACAGGAUAAUUUGUUGAGCCACAUGAGAACUCACUCAGUUGAGAAGCCUUAUUCUUGUAAAACAUGCUCAAAAGGUUUCUGUCGACAGAGUCAUUUGUUGAGCCACAUGAAAACUCACAAGUGAGACGCUGUAUUCUUGUGAAUCGUAGAAAAGAUGAAGUGCUCAUAUUUCAUUGCUGCACCACAUGAAAGCUCCCAGAGAUGAAGUGGCACUAAGUUUCUGGGAGUUGCACAUAUGUUUUCUCUGCCUACCAUUAUGGGACAUGAAUAUUUUAAUAUCAAUGUGGUACUAUAUAUGUUUUGUACUAAAACAUGUAAACAUGUUGAAACGUUUAAAUGGAGGUGGGAGAAACAGAGUAUUGAUGUUACGUUGAUUUGUGACAGCUGGACUACAGAGGCGGAAAGUGUUCAAGACAGUUGAAAUGAAACUUCUGCAAAGAACAAUGAGGUUCCCACUUAUCACUAUUGAUCUUUAUGCCUUUUAAGUGCAAUUCUAUAGGCUAAUAUCACCAGACCUUUUUGUUUAUAUUUUGUAUUGAGAGGAGGCUGGAUUCAUAAAUAAGACUGUAGUGGUAAGCAUCCAGCAUCUAGCCUCAUCACCAGGCUCUGUUUUCCCCCAGAACGGAAGAACAGCACAAGCCAAAGCUCAGUCAAUCCUCAGCUCUGCCCCCAGCAAGCAGGAGCACUCAGAGCUCAGAGAAGGGUGAGAAUGGCAAUUUUAGAAUCUGUACUCAAAUCAGAGUACAUAAUAUAUAGCACAUGCCUAACAUUGAGCAUUAAGAUACAUCAAACAUUAAAGGUACAGUGGACGAUUUUCUCGAAAAAGUCAAAGCCAAAUGUCUGUUACUCGCUUUUUGAAAAGCACGCAUGCGCCAGACCAUCCUACCUGCUCUACUGCUUCUACAAGCGCGCUUGACGGCAUUACGCAAGCAUUUCUCCAGCGUGAUUGACAUGUUGGAGGACCAAUAGUUGAGAUUCGCAUCUCGAAAUUCAUUGGCUAAGAACAUCGUCCAUUAUACAUUUAAGAUGAAAAUCCUCCUUGAAUUAAACCACUUUGAUUCUCAUGGAUCAUAUCUGCAAAAUACACCUGAACACCUGAAGAUCACAGCCAAGGACGGCAGUAGACCGGUAUGAUGAGGGGUCUGUUUGAUUCUUGUUUUUUUCCAAGAUCAGGGAAGAUCAGAUGUUGGAGAGAGCAGUUGAUAUGGUGAAGUAUUCUCAACAUGAGAGGAGCUGUAAUGCUUGUAUGUGCUUUAGAUUUAAAUCUGCUUGUUCAGAGGGAUUCAUUUCAGCCAGAUGGAGAGUGUGAAGGAAUUCAGAAAUAUGUGUUGUCGCAAUCGUCUUCUCGAUGUUGGAUUUCUCUACCUGGCCAUAAAGUACAUGCAGGGAGCUAUCAAACUUUUUUAUUUUUUCUGUUUGAGUGCUUGUGCAAAAACAAAGAUUACCUUUGUCAUAUGGAAAGUGCCAAACCCAAUUACAUUUUUAUUCACACUUGUCAUUUACGUGACAAAAUACUUGAAUAAAAAUUGGGACCAACUCUACUCGUUCUAUUUAUAUAUAUUAUUGUUAUACUUUUUUAUUUUAUUUUUUUGAAUGCUUUAAUAUGUACAUAUUUUAUUCUGCACACAUUUAUUUGUAUUGGUUUGUUUA